GACUCGGGGAGGGGGAUGACUCCGGUCGGCGGCGGCAGCGGCAGUACCAGUGUCGGCAGCAACACGUAGUAGUAGCAGUCAACGGUGUCCAGGCAUCGCAACGCUUAGAAGGAGCGUACGGAGCAUCGAGAGGUCCGUGCUUCAUCCGACGCGCUGCAUCACGGUGCAUCACGCAGCCGCGUUACGGAGCGGAUCUCCUACCCGCAGCAUCCUCCCCGUUGCAAGCGUGUCCGCGGCCACGUAGGCGGGUAAUUACGGGAACCAACUGGAAAUACGUUUGGAAGGCGAUCAAGCUUGACCCUCUGCUUGGCAUCCCUGUGGCAGGAUGAAGCUGUGCUGGAGUUUGGCUCUCGUGGCCGUCGCCCUGUUGAUGAUUCUUACGUCCACGCGAGCGGAAGCUGAUCUGUGGGAGGAGGAUGAUAAGGAGGUGCUUGUGCGGACAGUGCGCGGUACUAAGGAGCGAACAUCCGGCAGCUCCUCGUCGUGCAGAUACGUAAAGGGUCAAUGGUCGGAAUGCGACUCGAAUACCAACACGCGGUCACGCACUCUGAAUCUCAAGAAGGGCGACAAAUCCUGCGAGCAGACCAAGACCAUACAGAAGAAGUGUAAGAAAGCAUGUCGAUACGAGAAGGGCACGUGGAGCGGAUGCGCGAAUCAGGUAAUGACGAGAAUUGAUAAUCUGAAAGCGAACAGCGAUACAUCCUGCGACAAGACGCGACGGCUCACCAAGAGGUGUAAACUGGAGGCCAACACCAAGAAGUCUGCCAAAGGUGAACGAUCGAACAAGAAAUCGGGCAAGCAGUAAUUAUUCGCCGAUCUCCAAUCAUUUCUUCUAAUCGGGCAACGAAAGCGCACUCUCAUCUCUACGACCCCCUAUCUUCUCUCCAUCCCCUUCCCCGUCGCCAAUUAAGUGCGAGGCAGAGCACAAAUUUGGAUCGAUCGUCUCGCGAUCGAAACAUUUAUCACGUAUACUGCCUAGGAGUCAUUUGCAUUUUGGACGCAGACGCGCGCUGCGCGUAACUGCAGACAGUUUUCAAGGUGCGCUGCCGUCGAUUAAUUGCUGUUGAUAAUUGUGGGAUGGUGCUUGCGUUUCGGUGUCAUCACGUCUGUUCUCGGCAGCAACUCGGUUAUUAACCCUUCUAGGAUUUCGUUGUGCGAGGUAGUUUACAUAUCGGACGUACGUCGCGCGUUGAAUCUUGGCUUAAAUGUUUCGGCAAUGUCGAUUUCUGAGUAGACUCGGUAGAUUGGUUACACCUAAUAAUAGACCCAAGUUUGUGUGGAAAAUAUCGUGUUCGUAAACAUACGCCUGUCGAAGAGAGACUCUUCUAUCUAACCCAUUGACAUAAUUUGCAACGAGUUCCCCUAUUAGAGGAGCUAUUGAUCGCAUAAAGGUAUUCUAAAAAUGGACGUUGGCGAGAUCUUGGAGGGUUAAGCCGCGCAAUCAACCGGGGAAUCGAUUGGGAGAACCGAUACGUAACAUGUUCGAGAUGACGAAAGCUAAACACGACCGAUCGUCCAGACACGUAGUGAUGCAGUUUGUGCAUUGAAUUUUCGUGAAUCCGCAACACCCUCGAACACGCGAAACUUUUCCACUUGACCUUCGAAAUCAGAUGUCUAAAAAUCUGCAAAGAUCGACAAGUCAGCCUUCUCGGCGUGUUCUUGCAAAAUCUGCACCACUAGUUGUUCGAUUAACGAGCGUAGCACACAUGAUAAAAAGUCCCCCUGACUAGAAAGCAGCCGCCACUUCGGAGGUUCGCAGAGGAUAAGAUCAUCCGCCAAAGUUGUUCUCUCGUCUUCCCGCAGCGAUAUUAUAUUAUUAUUAAUAUUAUUGUUUAACACAAGAAGCAGCAGCGACCCCCAUUUGGCUUAGCUGCUGAUCCACUUAAAAAUCAUGUACAAUAUUUGUCAUACUAAACAGCUUUCAUUCGAUUGUCACAUAAAUAUACAAUGUUCGGUGUUCAAAGUAACUGUGUCCUGUAUCAUGUAACACGCGCGAGAUAUUCCGACAAUUAUUACGCCGUCGCGAAGGUUCGUUAGUUUAAACAAGGAUGCUGCGCGCAACAAGCUAAUGGCAUCCGCCCCGUGUGGCAUCUUCAAAAUGGUCAAAAAUCAAAAAUUACGCAAUCAAAAUGAACGAUCAAAAGAAGACGCAUCGAAUGUUUGUCGAGAGAAUUAAAGUGAAAUACGGAAAUACACUAUAUACUUGUAUAUUAUAUAUAUGUAUACACACAUAUAUAUAUAUAUAUAUUUAGCACACGCAGAAUGUUCGCGCGAGCCUAAUGAAUUUUCCCGGAAUCCUCCGCGCCCCUCUCGGCAGGACGUUGUCACUUCCGAUGUUAAUAUUCGCAGUUAACGUUAAUAAUAAUAAUGUAUCAAGUGAUAACUGGCAAAUAUGGAAACUCGCCAAUGAGCAUGAAAAUCAAACUGAAAUAACUCGUCGUCUCAUCAAACAUGCACGCUCGCGCGUGCGAGAAAGAGAGAGGAAAAAAGAGAUUAGAUCACUGGAUAUCUUUUCGACGCCACAAAAAUCAAAUCCCCUUCUCCCCUCCCCCUGCAUUGUAAUUCGUUUCUAAGUCUAGAUGUAUAACCGGAGGGCUCGUCGGUGAGAGGAAGUUAAGCUGUUUGCGCGUUUGAUAUUGCACGCAGGUGCGACCCGCGCGAACGCGUCUCACAGGAGUGCACAGGUGAGACGCGGGAAGAGGGUAUUUUUCACAUACAAUAUUUUGAAGGUGUCUCUUCCUCGUCUCCGUUUAAAUCUCCGAUACGCGACGGUGGCUCGGUUCUUCAGCUCCGAAAGGUCGCGGGUCGUCACGGAGGGGACGUCGCGAUUGUCGGCGAGUUGUUCCACGCGUCGGAUUCUGAGGACCUCCGCAAGUUCAUCAUCCAAGACCCUGUUGGACGCCGUACGCGCGGAAUCGCGCGUGCGUCAUCGUCAAGCGCCUAGUUCUAGCUCCCUAUUACAGCAUAUCAUCAUUACGCGUGAAGCGAACCUUAUCGAUAAACUAGGAUAGCGUUAUCUCCGUUUUAUGGGCUCUUCGCUAAUUAUUGUCUCCAUUGAUCCUCCAACUGGUGAACCCAGCUCCACCGGACACUCGUCGUUCCCUUCCCCUCGAAUUGCCAAGGUCGAAGCUAUGUUCCGCACCGAGACCAGUUCGUACCAGGUGGGACACGCCACGGAAGUGGGACUCGUUACGUGCCGGUUGAAAGCAUUAAAUGUGUCUCCUGCGUUACAACUGUUUUACAAUGUGCGCGCUAAUUACGUGCGCUCGUGCAAUUCCUCUCUCGCAGGGGAUUCCGAGACCAUUCCAGAAACGCUAAACGAAAUGCGCGAGCUUGCACGCCUCGUAGUUUUCGUAGGAAUCCUGCGCUAGCUCUUAACAACCGUGCAGGAUUGCGCAAUUCGGAUGCGUCAUCUCGGCAUGCAAUUACCUCGGCAAUGCAGAACAGCUGUAACGAGUCUCGUGCUUGACUUCUCUGUGUGGAGCUACGCAGGAAGCUCUUCAUGUUUUAAUCGCAUUGUAACAUAGCAUGAUAGGAAGAUACAUCAGUAAACCUAGAGACUAAUUUUUCAGAUCCUUCGAUAAAAAGCUACACAGAACGUUCCGGGGAGAAAUGCGCGCGUCGAUAGCAAAUGCCUCGUGUUCCCUUGGAGAAAUUUCGAAGCGGACGUCUCUCCCUGACUCCCCGAUCCAAGUUUUUAACGAGUCGCGAAUUAAAUCCUGCGCACCGCAGGCUCCGAAUCCCGGGACCGGUCGGGAAAGGUCGCAGUAUACAAUUUUAAUUUCCGCCUUCAAUUAGCUCUGCUCUGAAAAAUCCCUCUCGAUAUGUCUCUUCCAGGACAGCCGUUUGCUAUCUGCGCGUGCACCGCGUCCUUCGGAACAAAUCAUAGAUAUUCUAGAUAUUACAAUAAGAGAAUCGUUCAAAACUUUAUUCGUUAGAAUUAAAAUAAUUAGAGGCAUACGAAUCGCCGUUCGUAUUACGGAUCGUUGAGUUUCACAAUCGUCGAUCUUGUUGAUGGUUUAAUCUCGUUAGCGCAACCAUAGUAUAACUAGUAGGUCCACUCGCGUCAUUCGUCUCAUUUUGCGUUAAUCCCUUCUGCGCGUCCGACAUUGUUCUGGGUAGAGCAAUGAGAGAAAAGUUGUAUGUGUGGUAAUGUAGUUUCGAUACACUAUCGCACAUACAACUGCAGUACGUACACACACAUACGCCGCUGGAUUGCUGCCCAGAAUAAUGACGGAAUACCACGUGAUCGGGACCGCAAAGGGGCCGACAGAGAGUGGACCCACUAGUUGUACUAUGGUGCAACUACAGAAAUUGCAAUAGGCCGCUUUGACCGUUUUUGAUUGGUGUAACAGGUCGCUGAAAAUUUUCUACGCAUUUCGUUAAGGUUAAACAAAUUCGAUUGUACAUUUUUCAAAGACCGUCAAUUUGUUAUACGGAUCGAUUAACUGCUUCGCAACGAUUUAGAUCCUAAAUGAUUGUUAAAAGUAUUUGUAUAAAUCGCUAAUCGCGCAGUUGCUGGGACAUUACGCACAGUUUCGUCGUUCAGACCGUAUAGCUUAGGGUAGCUCUUGAAUUUUGGAUGUAUCGUAGCACGAUGAAAUCGAUCAUUUUCUUUACGAACUACUAUAAAAAUUGUAUAAUGCAUCUACUUACUUAUUGAAGUAAUUGUGUAACCAAUACACACAUGUAACAAAAAUCCAAUGUUGUCAAUAAAAGUAAAAUAUUAUAUAUA